AUUGCUAGCUGGUCUUGCGUUGGUAACAGAAACGAGUCUACGGACGACACUUGCAAGUACAACUCCCCUCUGGCACGCCAGGCGUUCGUCGAUGCAGUGGACCGAUUCUCCGACGAGUUGACCAAAGACGGCCGGAAGAUUCAGCUGGUCGCAAACGCAAGAUCCCUUCAGGAUGUCCAGGCGCUGCUGGCCAAUUCACUCGCCAAGUACCGAGAUGGCCGCAGGUUCCCAAGGGUCAGGAAGUGGCUGGAGAAAUCAGCGACCAAGAUCAACCACUUUAGCAAUGUGAUCAAUGUGUUUGUGCAACAAAAUCCCGAAUAUGUUGCUCUUGCCUGGGGAUCAAUGAGCCUUGUCCUGAUGUCGGCCCAGAACCACGAGAACACGAUGAGCCUCAUAGCAAAAGCCAUGUCUCAGAUCGCCGAUAAGCUGUCGCACGUCGAGCUGGCCACCGUCCUCUACCCCGGCGAGCGUAUGCGCGAGGCCGUCGGGAGGCUGUACGCAGACAUCCUCCGCUUCCUCAUCCGUGCGCACGACUGGUGCAGCGAGGGUUCUCUCCGCCACGCGCUGCACAGCAUCACCAGGCCCGCCGAGCUGCGGUACAAAGACCUGCUGGAGCGGAUAGACGAGGGGGCCCGAGAGGUCGAGAGACUGACAAACGCCGGCGCUCAGAAGCAGAUCAGCGAGAUGAGCCGGAUGCUGGUCCAGGUCAUGGACAAGCUCGAGACCGUCGUGUCCAUGCAGGCAUUACACUCGAGCACGCUGAUAAACACGAACCGCCAGCUGUCGGACCUGCAGUUCUCCCAGAUCAUGACCUUCGUCUCGAUGGGGGGACUGGGCGAUCCACAAAAGACGUUCCUGUUCCACCAGUCGCUUCAGCGGCGGCACACCCGCGCCAGGGCGGCGCCCGAGGUCGUCAACCGCUUCUGGGAGUCGCCCAGGCUGCUCGAUUGGUCGUCCGCCACGGGGUCCAGCUUGGCGACCAUGAAGGGCGGCUUCGAUGCCCGCUUCGCCAUGCGGGGCUUUCUUCUCAAGCUGAUACGGGAGCGGCAGGCCAAGGCGUCUACCAUCCUGUGGGCGCUCCCCAGGCCGGCAGAGGAUGGAUCGUCCUCGCACCGGCGGCGAGCUGGACCGAUCGACACCCGCAAUGAACCCAUCUCGGGCGUCGACAUCAUAAAGCACCUGGCCGUGCAGGCUUUUCGGCUCGGCGCAAAGUCGGCGAGCGAGAGGAGCAUGUCGCGGCAGUGUGCUCGGUUCCAGAGCGCGACCACGGAGCGGGAGUGGAUGGAGCUGCUCGGCUCGAGCCUCAUGGAUGCUAGCCGCUCCUCGCAAGUGCACAUCCUGAUCGACCUCGCAACGAUGGACCCAGUCCUGCGGCAGGCAGAUGAAUUUUUGUGGCAGGCGGAAUUCGAGCGGUUAUUUGUCGAAAUUUCGAGGCGGGCGCCGGGCCUGCAGGUCAAGGUCCUCUUUCUCAACUACGGAGCUCAAACAUGGCCAGGCCCAGACCCUCCGUGUUCGUUGGGGAUAAUAGUGCCUGUCAAGGUCAGCCAGACACCGGCCAGGAAGCGGAAAUAUGGCAGUGAUGGAAGGGGCAAUUUUCAGCCAAACGGGAAGCAGCGUCGUUACUUUUGAGCAGGUGCGCUAGGGCGGGCUCCACGGUGGAGGUGUAUGUAGCAGGGGCACAACUGCGGCCCGUACCUUCCGUCAGUCAAUUAGCGCC